AUGGCUCAGGUCGAUGUUACGUUCCUGCCUGUGCUUGCCCAAAGUAGUUCCCAACGAGAACGAGAGCUGUAUCAGGCUGCCGCUCAGUCUCAUGCGGCCAGGCUAUGGCACAAGUGGCGCAAGCAAAGGCGACUCGAUGCACGGCCGGUAGUUGCGAGCGAAGCAUCACGGAGCCACGCCUUAGUUACGCCAGGACUCAUCUCGAUCCUGCAAAAAGGGAACUCGGACCCUUUCAACGCUCUCGCGAUUCAUGUCACCCCACGCGCCAACCAGAUCUUGACUUUCUUCAAGCAUGGCUAUCUUCCAAUGGUUUAUCAAGCUGUCAUGGGCUCGGAGGACGCCAUCCGACGCAUCGAAGCUUUGCAGAAUCAGGGAUACCGAGACGGAGGGUUAGCGGACGAAGCGCUCCUUCUGAAGCAUCAAAGGAUCAAGGCUCUCCGCCAGGAGUUGGUCAAAAAUCGUGAUUCUCAGUCUCAGUCACUCAUCCUCGACAGUGUGUCGAUGUUGUUUCGCGGGGCUCUGAUCGCUGGAGACCUGGACGAAGCGGGCCUUCACGCCGGCACUUUGAGAAAGCUGCUGGAACGCAAGUAUGAUCGGGAGGGCGUCCAAGAUCUUGGUUUUCUCCUGCGUGUUCUCUACCAGAACAAACAACUUUCUGUUUUCCGGUUCUCGCUUUCGGUCUUAGAUGCCGAGUAA